AUCGAGGACGGUGAUGCAGAGGAGUGGGUGAAGGCUCGGAACAAGGCGGGCCAGGUCGGCUAUGUCCCCGAAAAGUACCUGCUGUCCCUGGGUGGCGAGCAGGGGGCUGGGGCUGCUGGCCCCCCAGGCCCCUCCGCACUGCCCCGCCAGCUUUCCAGCAUCAUAGCUGCAGAGCUGGUGCUGGAGCCUGGAGCCUGGCUGGUGCGAGCCCUGUAUGACUACGAGGGUCAGAGCCCUGAGGAGUUGAGUUUCCCUGAGGGGGCCAUCAUCCGGGUGCUGCCCCGUGCCCCCGGCGAGGUGGACGAUGGCUUCUGGACGGGUGACUUCGACGGCCGCAUCGGUGUCUUCCCCUCCUUGGUGGUAGAGGAGCUCACUGGGGCUCAGGGGACGGCUGGGCAGGAGCUGCCAUCGCCGUCCCCACCACCCUUCUCCCCUCCCGGUCUCAUGCCUGGGGCCAGCCUGGCCCCAAGCCCCAGUCCCGAAACACUGGAAGGUGAUGGAAGACAGGAUGGCAUGGGCAGUGGGCAGAGCUCUCCAGACCUGGCAGCCACCCGUCUCCGUCCGCUCCGUGCACCCCCUCCACCACCCGGCAGAGCCCCUGAGCCCAACCCGGAGCUGCACUUCAGCUGA